UAUAAAAGAGAAAGAGUAUAUUACGCAGUGUUAUUUGUUUUUUCCAUAUCAGAAAUAUCGCAAGCCUUCAAGCUAUUUGACAAGAAUGGCGAUGGGUUGAUUUCUGUGGAGGAGCUCGGCGAAGCUAUGAAGCAAGCUGGGCAGGAGCUGUCAGAUGAAGAAAUUAAAGAUAUGAUCAAAGCCAUGGACCGAAACGGCAAUGGGAAAGUGGAAUUUUCUGAGUUUGAAGACAUGAUGGCUAGUCAAAUUGGCGAACCAAUUACCACCGAUGACAUGAAAUACUACUUCAAAAAAUUCGACGCGAAUGGGGAUGGUUUUAUCACUAGCGAUGAACUGGCCCUGGUGAUGAAGACGUUUGGCGGAAAGAGUUACUCAAAGAAAGAAAUCGAUGACAUGAUCAAAGAAGCUGAUGUGGAUGCUGAUGGAAAAGUCAACUACCAAGAGUUUUGCGACAUGGUCCGCAGCAAGUAGAAAGCUGUACGAGCCUAAGUAGCAACAAUAGGACGGGCUUGGAACAGAUCUCUUGAAGGGUUUGAGGACAGCUGAUUUCAGAGUAGUAUUUUGGUUAUAAAUUGAUUCACCUAUCUCGAAUGCUAUCAACCUAAAAAAAAAGUGCUGAAAGAAGUGCAAACUUAUUGUUCUGUAUACCAAGGAAUUAUUCAUCAACAGAAAUAAAUUCUAAUGAAAAACAUUUCUCUGUCUA